AACUUAAUUCAAUUCUUCAGCUUCCAUUCUCGCAAAGUCGCACAUACAAUAAAUAGCCUUUCGGUACAUAGCUUCCUCAGCUUCUGCCCACAGCUUUCCCACCGGUUAGUGUGACGAUCGUGAUAUCACUGGCCACCUUACGCUUGGACGAUACAUAGGUACCCAACCCAAGGUAAGGUAAGGAAAGCCUGACCGACCGGGAACUUUCAUUGUACCGAAAUCCAAACUCGAUUGGUUCGACAUCAUCCAAUCUCCCCUGAAUAUAAUUAUCCCCGGACCCAAACCACACUUUGAAAAUUGCCAAGAAGAAAAAGGGUAAAAAUAAGGCCACCGAAACAAAAGACUUCCAACCAUGGCGUCCUUACGACCUUUCAAUCGCGUCGCCGAGCGAUUACGACUGCGGACACGCAUCGCAUCAUACCCCUCUACGACCCCCACGACGUCCGAGUUCCUGAGCCGCAGAUGCGGCGCACGGUUCUACUCGAGCGAAGAGGCGCCGCCACCGCCGCCUCUACUACAAAAGAUUAAAGGCGAUCUGAAGGCAGCGAUGCGUGCCAAAGACGCCCCCCGCCUAAACGCCAUCCGCUCCGUCCUCUCCGCCGUCCUCAACGCCUCCAAGACCGCAUCCCCCAUAACCACCGACGCGCAGCUGGUCGCGCUCCUGCGCAAGUCCCAGCGCGCCUCCGACGACGCCGCCGCCGAGUUCCAAGCGGCCGGCCGCCAGGACCUAGUCGACAAGGAGCGCACCCAAGUCGCCAUUCUCGGCGAGUACGUCGCCGCAAGCGGGUUCCGAGAAACCUCCGAGGCCGAGCUGCGCGCCAUCGUCGCCGGCGUCCUUACCGCCAUGACUAGCGAGGCUGCCGCCUCCGUCCCGCCCAUCGGCGAUACCCCUCCCUUCGGCGACGUCAUGAAGACCCUCUUGGCUCCCGACGGGCCCCUCGACGGCAAGGACGUCGACAAGGCCCAACUAGUCAAGAUCGUGAAGGAGCUAAGAGGCGCCAAUUGAUGCGCGCAAGCAGUCUAGCCCUCUGGGCACUCACUGUCGGUAAGAGAAAAGGAAAGGGAAGGGGUAUGAGAUAUGUUUAUAAAUGCCUGUACUAUAUAACUACCUAACCUAUACAUGAUGUGGAAUGCGGUUACGAUUGUAUUGCAUUGCAUCAACCGGCGUAUAAAAUUUCGGCUGGGUUUAAAAUCACAUCCUCACUCAAUGAAAUACCUGCGAGCUUACCUCGCGGUUGGGUCUCCGCAUAAUGAAUACUUUUAUAAUGUGACAACAAACUCGUGAACUAAGAUAGUGGAAAGUUUAGAAAGUGUUAUUUGCUUAGUUAGAGAACUAGUCUCUAAGUCCUAGCGAAAGAGGGGUUAGGGGGUUCAUGUGUAUUUGGAGUACCGAUUAAUUCAUAAUUCCAAGGUAUCUAUAUCUCCUCACUGCGUAGCCCACAGCUAUGCCUUACGCCAACUAUUUUCGUCUCGCCUAAAC